CCAACAAAAGCCACUACCAACAACCAUGGCAAUGGCAACCUCACCUCACUCCCUCCUCCUCCAAAACCCACACCCCACUUUCCUCAAAAACCCCAAACUACCCUUCACCGCCCUCCCCAUGAUCUCCACCCGCCUCCCCUCCACCACCAUCUCCAUCAAAUGCGCCGCCGCCACCACCCCCCUCCAAGAUCUCCGCCCCAACAACCCCCCGGAGCCCCAAGACCGCGUCUUCAACUUCGCCGCCGGCCCCGCCAACCUCCCGGAGAACGUCCUCAAGAAAGCCCAGUCGGAGCUCUACAACUGGCGCGGAUCUGGCAUGUCCGUCAUGGAAAUGAGCCACCGCGGCAAAGAAUUCUCCUCCAUCAUCCAGAAAGCCGAGUCCGACCUCCGCACCCUCCUCACCAUCCCCCCGGAAUAUUCCGUCCUCUUCCUCCAGGGCGGCGCCACCACCCAGUUCGCCGCGAUCCCGCUCAACCUCUGCCGCCCCGACGACAAGGUCGAUUACUUGGUCACCGGAUCAUGGGGCGACAAGGCCGCCAAGGAGGCCCAAAAGUACUGCAAACCGCAGGUGAUCUGGUCCGGUAAGCCGGAGAAGUACACGAAAAUUCCGGCAUUUGAUGAGCUGGAGCAGAGUGGAGACGCAAAGUAUUUACAUAUAUGUGCAAAUGAGACCAUUCAUGGAGUUGAGUUCAAGGCGUAUCCAGCUCCGAAAAGUGGGCUGCUUAUUGCUGAUAUGUCGUCGAACUUCUGCUCCAAGCCGGUGGAUGUGUCGAGAUUCGGGAUCAUAUACGCGGGGGCGCAGAAGAAUGUAGGGCCUUCUGGGGUGACGAUUGUGAUUAUACGGAAGGAUUUGAUCGGAAAUGCGCAGGGGGUUACGCCAGUGAUGCUGGAUUAUAAGAUUCAUGACCAGAAUAAUUCGCUGUAUAAUACGCCGCCUUGCUUUGGGAUUUACAUGUGUGGGCUUGUGUUUGAGGAUUUGCUGGAGCAGGGCGGGUUGGUUGGGAUUGAGAAGAAGAACAAGAACAAGGCGGAGCUGCUGUACAAUGCCAUUGACGGGAGCAGUGGGUUUUACAGGUGCCCGGUGGAGGAGUCGGUGAGGUCGUUGAUGAAUGUGCCGUUUACGCUUGAGAAAUCGGAGCUGGAGGCUGAGUUUAUUAAGGAGGCGGCCAAGGAGAAGAUGGUGCAGCUCAAGGGGCAUAGGUCAGUGGGAGGAAUGAGGGCUUCGAUUUAUAAUGCUAUGCCUUUGGCUGGGGUGGAGAAGUUGGUUGCUUUCAUGAAGGACUUUCAGGCUAAGCAUGCUUGAUUUUGCUACGCUUUUAUCUAUUAUGCCCUCUUGCCAUGUCUACUAGGAUUGUAAGCUUCUGUUUUGUAUGCUUUUGGCCUUUGUUGUUUGCUCAUUACGAUUAUGUAAGGUGCAUUUUUGGAUGCAUGUUAUGAAGUGGAUAUCCCUUAAGUUUAGGGAGUUGGGCAGAUGUGCUAUGUAAGUUUUGUUGUCAUAAGAUGAGAGUAAUGAAUAACUCAGAUUUCUCAGAUUAAAUGGUA